UCUUCCCUAUGUGUCAUGCGGUCACAGAGGACGCCUAUAAAAUACGGAUCCGCAUUGACGACGAACCUGCAAAUCUGGAUAUCUUGGACACUGCAGGACAGGCAGAGUUUACGGCCAUGCGAGACCAGUACAUGAGGGCUGGCGAGGGUUUCAUCAUCUGCUACUCGAUCACAGACCGCCGCAGCUUCCACGAGGUGCGGGAGUUCAAGCAGCUCAUCUACCGUGUGCGCCGCACGGACGACACCCCCGUGGUCCUGGUGGGAAAUAAAUCGGACCUGACCCAGCUGCGACAGGUCUCCAAAGAAGAAGGCUCUGCUCUAGCCCGAGAAUUCACCUGCCCCUUUUUCGAGACGUCGGCUGCGUAUCGCUACUACAUCGACGACGUGUUCCACGCUCUCGUGCGAGAAAUCCGCAGGAAAGAAAAGGAAGCGGUGAUGGCCAUGGAAAAGAAAUCCAAGCCCAAAAGUAGCGUGUGGAAAAGACUAAAGUCGCCGUUCCGAAGGAAGAAGGAUUCGGUCACUUGAGCAGCGAGGAUUCUUCCGCAGAGUGACACAAAAUCUGUGAGAAGCCAUUUGUAACCAAAGCGGUUU